AUGGGCUUCCCGAUAAAUCUAGCCAACAACACCGUCACAGUGACCAAGUUCAUCCUGCUGGGUUUCCACUCCCUGGGCCAGCUGAGCCGAAAUCUCCUGUGUGCCCUUCUCUCCUGCACCUAUGUCGGGACGCUGGCAGACAACCUGUGCAUCGUAUGGGCCGUGCUGAGGGACCCCCGCCUCCAACACCUACCCAUAUACAUCCUGCUGGGGAACUUCUCCUGGAUGGAGACCUGCUAUGUCACGAACACGGUGCCAUGGAUGCUCUCUGACCUAGUAAACCCUGGUGUCCCCAUCUCCUUCCAGGCCUGCUUUUUUCAGUUCCACAUCUUCUUUUCCAUGGGGACCACCGAGUGCCUCUUCCUCUCAGUCAUGGUCUUGGAUAGGUACCUGGCCAUCUGCCACCCCCUGCGCUACCCCGUCCUCAUGUCCACACACAGGUGCUGGGUGAUGGCUGCCUUCUGCUGGCUCAUCAGCUUCCUGUGGUUCAUAGUGCCUGUCACCCUCAUCUCCCAACUCUCCUUCUGCGGCUCCACCCUGGAUUGUUUUGUCUGUGACCUAGCCCCACUGCUGGCUGUCUCCUGCACCCCAGCUCCCCAGGCUGAACAUUCCUGCUAUGCCCUGACCGCCUUUGUCAUCCUUGGUGCUGCCAUCUUCACCCUGACCUCCUCUGGGCUUAUCAUCAGGGCUCUGCUGCAGCUGUCCACAGGAGCCAGGCGGCACAAGGCCUUCUCCACCUGCUCCUCACAUCUUACCAUUGUGGGCCUAUUCUGGGGCUCCGGCCUUGUCAACUACAUCAGCCCGGCAGCCUCAGGGCGCAGUUGGAAAAUGGCAGCCCUCUUCUACGCAGUGGGGACCCCCCUGCUCAACCCGCUGAUCUACAGCCUGAGGAACAAGGAGAUGAAGGAGGCUCUGAGGAGUAUGCUGCUGGGGAAGCGGUAG